AUGGCGGCUCUGUUGGCGAGGAAGCUGACGGGGUUGAUGAAAUCGCCGCUAUCCGUCGCUCUGUGCGUCCGGACGGCGAACGCUGCUCGACUUUCGGCCUUCGCCAAGGCCGUUCAUCCCUUCGGUGUACCCGCAGUCCCGGCCGUACGCGCUCCUCUGCCCGCUACAGCCUGUCGACUAGCCGGAUGCAGUCUCCUUCAACGGGUGUCCGCUUUUAUUCCCCCCGCGAGUCAGCAGCCCAACAGAAGCCUGACAUACUACAGCAUUAAGAAGGGGAAGAGGAAGUCUGUCAGGUCUGUCACAGAACGCUUCAUGAGGCUGCAUUGCGGGCUAUGGAUUCGACGCAAGGCCGGAUACAAGAAGAAACUGUGGAAGAAGAGCGCGGCCAGACGAAAGCGGCUGAGGGAGCAUGUCUUUUGUAACAAAACACAGAGUAAACUGUUAGAUAAAAUGACAACUGGCUUUUGGAGAAGGAGGAACUGGUACGUGGACGAUCCAUACUUGAAGUACCAUGACAGAGUCAACCUCAAGUAUUAA